UCAAAGCAGAAAACAUCCUUAAAACUCUUGGAAUGGGAAAGAGUGAAGAAGAAGAAGAUCAGACGGUGAUGGAACUGCCACCUGGAUUCCGAUUCCACCCGACGGAUGAGGAGCUGAUCACACACUAUCUUUCCCAGAAAGUGGUUUGCUCUGGUUUCUGUUCUCCAGCAAUCGCGGAAGUGGAUCUCAACAAGUGCGAGCCGUGGGAUUUGCCUGGGAAGGCCAAAAUGGGGGAGAAAGAAUGGUACUUUUUCUGUGUGAGAGAUAGGAAGUACCCUAGUGGUUUAAGGACGAACAGGGCCACAAAGGCUGGGUAUUGGAAGGCCACCGGCAAAGACAGAGAGAUUUUCAAAGGGAGAUGCCUUAUUGGGUUCAAGAAAACUCUGGUUUUUUACAAAGGCAGAGCCCCUCGUGGACAAAAGUCCAAUUGGGUCAUGCAUGAGUAUAGAUUACACGCCCAAUCCUCUGCUUUUUCCCAGAAGGAAUGGGUGAUAUGCAGAAUAUUGAAGAAGAGGAGUGGGAAGAAGGGGGACGAAACAGGAAUGUCAUCCAGGGUGCUUCCGCCAUUAAUGGAGUCGGAGGCAUCGCUCGUGACCUGCUUCUCCAAUUCAAUGGAAGAUCGAACCGAGGACGUCCAGUUUUGGUCGGGGCAUUUUGAGGAGGAGGAAGAUGGAGGAGGAGGAGAGGUUUGGAGGUUGAAGGUAGGCUCUUCUAAAGGGUUUGAAGAAGCCUUUGGGUUUGGGGCUAACCACCAUCCAUCGCCUCCUUUGGAUGACCUUCAUUGCCUUUGGAAUUUCUGAUCAAAUAUUGUUGUAAAAAUAUAUUGUUUUGUGUAAUAUGUUUUACUUCAUAAUGUUCUUCAAUAAAAUACACAAUAUAUGUUUUUUUUUUU